GAAGAGGGUGGUCAGACUGCUGCUGCUGCUGCUGCUGUUGAUGUUGAUGAUGAUGAUGAUGAUGAUGAUGAUGAUGAUGUUGAAGAAGUGAAGGUUCUUGUGAGUCCGCGAACCCUCUGGUGGUGGGCUGACAGAGGAGGCGACCAUGGGAGAGGAGGGGGACACCUACCCCGACAUGAAGCCUUUUCCUCUGCUGUGGCCUCUCCCCAGGCUCCGCUCACACAGUGACACCUCCGGAUUUUGCUCAAGAGUGCUCUCCAGGCUCCGGGGAGCCCGCUCAGUUGAUGGGUUGGAGAAAUCGUCCUCGUUGGCCAGUUGUGACGUGGUGGUUGAAAGCGCCACCAAUGCCCAGAAUGCACCUGCAUCACGGCCACAGCGGGGGAAGCUGUCGUCACUAGGAAAACUGUUCAAACCCUGGAAGUGGAGAAAGAAGAAGACCAGUGACAAGUUCCAGGACCUUUCCAAAGUUCUAGAGAGAAAAAUCUCCACCAGACAAACGAGGGAGGAGCUCAUCAAGAAAGGAGUUCUUAUCCCCGACCAAGAAGACCCAGUUGGCAGUCAAAAUCUCAACGGCCAUGCCACAUCCAGUGUGACAUCAGAGGAGGUCAAGGUUGACAUCGAGGCCCCAGAAACACUGCUGCAAGAAAAGGCCACUGUGCCAGUCAGCACUGAGGACAAAACAGCUAAAUCCUCCAACUCAAAGAAGGCCGGAGGCACGGCGAAAACUACCCCCACCACCACCCCUCGUUCUCGCGCGCCGAAGGACUCGGGUGCCGCGGCACAGACUGACGGGAAGGAUGCAAGGACCAACCGGAAAGCAUGCGCUGCCCCCUCUACCUCUGUACCUCAAAAGGCCACCGCAGAGACUCCUAGCCAGCCUGGGGGGCUGAAAUCCUUGCCCCUUUCCUCAGGCACCAAACCUACUUCAUCCAAAGCCUCGGGCAACGAGACGCAGGCGACUCGGACUGCUUCGCAAUCUGCUCCCAACGGCUCUGCUGCGGGUGAGGAGAAUCACAAAGGUGUGGCUGCUGAUCCUUCCGCCCAGUCUCCCUUUGUCAACACUGCCACAGAGGACACUUCCUUCACGGAGGGAGAGACCGACAAAGGCUCACAGGGGGAGAAACGAGGGAGGAUGGGAGGGGAGGGGGGAGAGGACGAAAAGAAGAAUGGAGAAGCCGAUUCUGCUGUGGGGAACAGUCCGAGGUCGGCCGAGGGCCAAGCUGAAAAGACGCAGGGCCUGAGUGUGAGGACUGAUCAGGCAGAGGUGACGGUAAUCCCUGAUAGGCCGAGGGACAGCCAAGCUAGUGACUCCGACUCCGACGGCCCGAUCCUGUACCGGGACGAGGAAGAGGAUGAGGAGGAGGAUGAGUACACAAACAGUUCUCUGGCCAUCAAGAUCCGACGACGAGACACCCUCAACAUCAAACUUGGGAACCGACCCAGCAAGAAGGAGCUGGAGGAGAAAAACAUUCUGCCACGGAGCUCUGAGACCGAGAGACACGAGCUGCGCCAGCAGAUAGGCAGCAAACUAGUCAGGCGCCUGAGCCAGAGACCCUCCACAGAGGAGCUGGAGCAGAGAAACAUCCUCAAGCAAAAGAAUGAAACGGAGGAGCAAGAAGCAAAGCAAGAGAUUAAAAGGAGACUCUCCAGAAAGUUGAGCGUGAGGCCCACAGUGGCUGAGCUCAUCGCUCGCCGGAUCCUACGUUUUAAUGAGUAUGUGGAAGUAACCGACGCCAAGGAUUAUGACCGGCGGGCGGACAAGCCCUGGACACGUCUCACUCCAGCUGACAAGGCUGCUAUUCGGAAGGAGCUGAAUGAGUUUAAGAGCCGGGAGAUGGAGGUUCAUGAGGACAGCAAGCAGUUCACCAGAUUCCAUCGGCCCUAGGCACGUCAGCACCACGAGCUGCCGGGUCCGCGGCUCCCCCGGCAGCCCCUCGGCUCUCUGGCCCCUCAGUACACGGCUCAGCACACCUUGUUUGGAAUUCUCUUGUUGAUGUAAUUGUGUGUUAUGUAUGUGUUUUAAUGCCCUGGCCGUCCAUAGUGCUCUGGUGUGAUACACAUCUAUAGUCAGAACAGUGGCGUGUAGAACCAUUUAUUUAUUGUAGAUGACCAGGGCCUACCGGUAUGUGAUGGUUUAUUUUUCCUUUUUUGGUUCACUUCAGGCCUUGGAAGUUACCGUAGAGGAGAGUGGCUUGAAAUUGCCAUUGAAGUAAUGAAUGCGGCUCAAGUGUACUGCAACGUUUGUGUACAUGCCUCGUCAUAAACUGCCAAAUGGCCAUAUAUGGGCAUCCUCCUCAGAACAGGAAGUGGGAGCGAUUGGAUGGUUGCGUGUUGUUGUCGGUGCCUAUGUCAUCGAUCAGAGGGGAGGGGAGGCAGUCUGUUCUAUGCCGAUGUGCCUCUCAUUAUUUAUUACCACUAGAGGGCAAUAUAUCAUAAGAGCUGUUGCCUGUAAGGCUGAACCCGAGUGUGCAGACGAAGAAUAACUGCAAAUGUUGCAUUUGGAACUGCUGAAGCUGAGGGCGCAGUGGGCGUCUGAGGCUUUCAUAGUGUGCAGUGCGGUGGGAAUCACUCCGAGCAAUGAGACUUCUAAUCAGUCAGCACCCUCCUGAUGAUACACGAUGAUCAUGCGCCAUCCUUCAUCCUGUGUUGAGUCAUUAAGUGCUGCACUUGCUGUGCAGAGGAUCUACAUUCCACGCGUCUACUUCAGUGUUUCAUUUUUAGGCGUUUGGCUGGAGCUCGUACUCGAGAGUGAUUUGGUGCCAAAGAAAAAGCAGGAGUUUGAUUGCACGUUGUUCUUCUACCGGUUUGACUCUGUCUGGUGGAUUUCUGAUAAAGGUUUUAGGAGUAUGGAGCAGGCGGGCAGCGUUCUACCCCUGAAUGUAAAGUGUAAAGAAUAUCAUUAAUAAUGUUGGUUUUUUUGCUGUGGAUGUAUUUGUUUGUCUGAGCUGUUAGAAGAGGAGUCAGAUCCCCAAGAACAGAUCUGAAGACGGAGAACCUAAACCUAUCAUUUAAGCUGUCAAACAUGUUUAAUGACCAAUAUACGAAACUGGUGGGUAAAAGAAACAUAAUGGCAUACUCACAUCUGGGGAUUGUCAUGUAAGAUUUUUCAUUCCCAGCAUAUUUGGACUCUAAAGAAGAUGUUUGGUGAGCCCAAAGGCUCGUGUCUAAAUAAUAGACUUCCAGCCUCCACAACACUCGUCAUUCUGACAAAUAGUAACUGAAAAAGGGCGGUGGGAGUGAUUCUCUCCCUUCUUGUGAAUGUGAGGAGGUUGUAACAUGAAAUGGUGUACAGUGAUGGAGAAGUAACCGACAGUAUUAUUCCAUGUCAAUGUCUAUGUUGUUGUAUAUUGAUUAUUUUGUACAGAAUGUAUAUGGAGCAUGUGCAUACAUUUAAAUCGACUUAUCUACCAAUAUGAUGCAAUGCAACUCUGAAUGUUUUAAGCUCUGAUUUUAGUUGUCUUAAUUGUUUUUUUAUCCUCCCCAGCCACAGACAAUUCAAAGAGCAGUGCAGCACACGUCCAGGUGCUUUAUAUAUCAUGUUGAAUAACUCUCAUGUCUUCAUCAAUCCUACCGGUUGCCUAAGCAAUGGACCAGACAUUCUGCAGGUGGUCAUAAAUCUGAUUGCUUCAUUUUCCGAUCAGCGGGUGCAAUGCAGCUAUUUCACAGAUCGUGACUGGGUUUAAAAAGCAAUUAAUAAUCCACUGUGAUUUAUUCCUUCAGACGAUCGAUUACCCGGCACAUGCGACAAAACACACACGCGCACAGGAAUACAACUUGACACGGGCGUGACCACACGACAUGCUCAGACAUGUUCAAGUUUCAACACUGGUUUAGGUCCAGUGUGUAAUCCCGGUGCUUUUUCCGAGAGAUGGAAACAUGAGUCUGGUCGGUUGCGUGUAAUGUGAACACGGUGCACACUGACAACAAAUCCUCCAAUCACAGACCAGAGAGCUCUGAUUUCAGAAAGGCCAAUCGAACGUCUUCCCUGGUAAAUACACCUGCACCCCGUCGUCGAUGAGUAAACCUGAGCUGAUUGCGUCUCUUUGAAAAAAGACAAUGAGAUAAAUGAGAUCAAUCUGAACUGGUAUCACCUUAUUUUCAUGUGUACAGCAUUUAGCACCUAUAGGCGGAAUAUAGUCAACGAAGAAAUGCUUAUGCUGCUGAAAGUGGACAUAAAGACAUUUUUAAGCAUUUAUUAAUGUGUUGCCUGCCAACUUUAAAUCCUUGUAUGAAGCAUUCACAGCUAUUUAAGAAUACUAUAUUUGUAAUUUUAUAUAACGUCUAAACACGCUCAUGAACAGUUUACAAACUAUCUUUGAAUGAUUAGUACAUGUGUAUAAAUACAGCUGUUAUGCUGUAAUAGGUUAUGAACUGUUUAUCUACAGCUUAUAAAUGCUAAACUGAGACAUUCAAAUGAAGUGGUACCUAAUAAGAGGCUUAGGAAAUAUUACUUGUAAAUCCAGGCAACAGCUUGAUGUUAUUUCUUUAAACAUGGGGGACUUUAUAAUGCUGAAUCUGAAAGAGUGCUGAAGUCUUUUUCCCCCUGCAACACUGCCUGAAACGUUGUGAAAUGUCCCCGGAUCAAAUCCCUCAUUUCAGGCAGGAGCCACGAGCAGAUUGCUGCCGUUGUUCGGCAAACGUCUUUCGUGAUCUUGAACGCGUGAAAUUUACAGUAAGAUAACAGGAUUUUAUUUGGGCGGGAUUUUUCUUUUCCAACACAAAGGCAGCGAGAUGCUUAAAGCAGCAGAGACCCAAGACGUACAUACAUAUUUCCCAUCUCAUAUAUCAUAAAAACUGUUACGUGCAAACUGUCAAACUGCAUAUUGUUUUUGUACAUAAAGAAUCAUGGAAAAAUC